AACCGGUACCAUCCGGCAGAGAGUCUCUGGCGGCCAUCUUAGUUGUACCAACGGCUAUCACAACACACGUCAGGAAGUGUCGGACCCGAUCUGUGUGUUGUACUUCUGUUGGGGUCAACUCUCCCAGUCAAACUACAGUCAAAGAGCGGUCUGAGGAACAUUUCGAGUGCCUGCUGAGACCACCCAGUAUCCUAGAUGGACUCGGAUAUUUUGAACAUAGAGGAGAUAGUGAUGGGACGGGGGUUGCCAGAUCCACCUCCCGAGGUUCCCCCCGAAAAGCCAGCGGAACCAUACAAACCCAAAACUUUGAACGGCCCCCCUGUGCCCGCCGUUCAAUCCUACCAGCAUGAAAAUCUGCAGUGUUUCCAGUGCUUCAUCACAUUUUGCAGUGCCAAAGCCAAGGAAAGGCACAUGAAGAAGAGCCACCGUGAAGAGUAUAAGCAACAGCUUCAGCAGGGAAACACACUGUUCACAUGCUAUGUGUGUGAUCGCACAUUCCUGUCAUCCGAGGAACUGACGCAGCACCAGCCAACACACAGCAAGGAUGACAAGCCCUUCAAAUGCGUUCACUGCAAGGAGAGCUUUAAGACAUUCUCUGAGCUCACAACCCAUAGAAGACAAGUGUGUCCAGAAAAACAGUUGGUGUGUAAAGAUUGCAAUGAAACCUUCCGGAGUGCCGGACUUCUGCGUACUCAUCGCCUGACCCAGCAUCCCCGCCCGGAUGUGGAGACUGCAGAGCAACCAGACGACUCUACCAAAACCCAUCGCUGUAAGAAGUGUAGUCAAAGCUUUGAAACCGAGUCUGAGCUGAUAGCUCACCAGGAGAAGUUCCCCGAAGGUCAGCAAUGCAACGGCAGCGCUUCGUCCGUGAAGAAGCGUGGACGGCCGACCAAAGCCGAAGACCCAGCUGGCGCUGAUAAAAAGGGAAAGCGAAAAAAGAAGGAUGAGGCAGACGCACCUGAGGAGGCAGUGAAGGCCAGCAGUACACCAGAGUCAGCAGCACCCCCUGCAGAGGAGAAGGGGAAAGCAGGUGGAGCGAAGCGAGGCCGUCCCUCUAAAGCAGCAGCAGCAGCAGCAGCAGCAAAAUCAGAAACGGAAGAUAAGAAGAGUUCCGAAGAUGAAAGUCAGGCUCCAGAAAAGGAGAAGAAACCUAAAGCGGAUUCAGCUGCCCCGCGUCAGCACCCGUGUCCUGAAUGUGACCUCUCAUUCCCCAGCUUGAUUCAGCUCCGUGCUCACAAGAAGGAGAAACACGCCCCGCGCAAAGCCCACCCCUGUGACGAAUGUGAAGAGAGCUUUGCCCGCCCCGAGCAGCUUGACGCCCACAUGUCACGGGCACACGCUGUUGGUCGUUUUGCCUGUCCGACCUGUGGAAAAAGCUUUGGCCGUGAGCGCACCCUGAAAGCUCACCAAAAAAGCCACCCGGAUGAAAGCCCCGAAACCCCAAUUGCAAAGAGAUAAUUUGGACGUGGGGACCUUUCAGAAAGUGUAUGGUUUUUUGAGGAUUUUAGCCAGGAAUUGUCCUUUUUUAAUAUUGAAGAUUUGAUGCUUCACAUAAUGGUUUGAGAUGAGUUUGGAAUGGUUUUGAGAAUGAUGUUUUAGCAAAUUUUGUGUUGAGUUAUUGAUUAUGAGCUGAUGAAUUUAUGGACGAACAGACACACACUAAAUUGACUAACCAAAUGUUGUUAAAUCAAUCUAUUACACCCAUGGUCACAGAACAUAGUUCAUUUGUAAAAACAAACCUGUUUCGAUUAACUGUUAAAAAAUGAUUUGUUUCUGUUUUUUAAGCGUGAAAUGCGUGUGGUGUUUUUUACUUUACUUUGUGUUUUGAGUUCAACUCACUUUGUGGUCAAAUGUUUUUUUAAUGUUUUUUUUUCUCCGAUACAAAUUGGGUAAGGAUAUACUUUGAAAAAAAUUUAGAUGCCUAGUAAGGAUACUAUGUUUGAAUGUUUUGUCAAAAGAAAUGUCAUGUACAGCUUCUGGUUCAUAUUGUGCUUUUUUCUUUUUUACACUUAAUAUUUUGAUCAUAAUCCUUUCUAAAUUAAGUCUCAUUGAGAUGGAUUUUUAUUUUUAUUUUUUUAAUAAUUACUUUCUGCUAACAUUUUAUUUUAGCCAAGUGCUCCAGAUUCAAUGUGGGGUGUUUGACUCGUGGGCAGAAAUUAUCCCUUAUAAUCCUGAUUCGUCUUACAGUAAAAGUCUCACCUUUAUUUUUUCACUUAUUAGAGUAAUAGUUCAUGUCUUAGAUAUUUCUGAAAUGGAACUCAUUGCUUUGUAAUACCUUAUGAGUCCCAUAAGGAACUGUGUAUAUCAUGUUAUUCGCUGAUUGGAUUGUUUCUCUCCCCACUGCAAUGUGUCUGGACACUUCCAAAAAAUGUAAUAAAACAUGCUAUCCCAAGGGAGGCUGCUGAAGAAAUGAA